AUGUCCAAGUUCAGUCCUUCUCCCCAGGAGGUUGCCCUCGUCAACCAGAUAUUUGCUCAGGCCGACACCCAGAAGCUUGGUGUCGUUACUGGUGAUGCUGCGGUCAAGAUAUUCAGCGGUUCCAAGCUCCUCCCCACCGUCCUUGCAGAGGUCUGGAGUAUUGCCGAUGAAGAUAAUAAUGGCGUUCUCACCCGAAAGGGCGUUGCGAUUGCUGUUCGUUUACUCGGACAUGCACAGAGGGGCGAGAAAGUCACGGAGGCAAUGGUCAACAGACCUGGUCCUGUUCCUACUAUUGAGGGCCUUACACCGCCUGUUGUUCAACAGAGCACAGGUAUCCCGUCGAGCAAGUCACCACCCCCGGGACUGCCACCCCUCACCCCGCAAGACAAGGCUAAGUUCAUGAGACUCUUUCUAGGCUGUGGUCCGAUCUCCGGCCUGCUGAGUGGCGAAAAGGCGCGAGAUGUGUUCGUCAGGUCCAAGUUACCCGUGGAUAAGCUCUCGCAGAUUUGGAAUCUCGCUGAUACGAAGAAUCGUGGUUGUCUUGAUGCGGCGGAUUUCACCGUCGCAAUGUACCUGAUCCAGGCUUCUAUGUCGGGGCAGCUUCAGACUAUACCGCCCGUGUUACCCCCAGUACUGUACGAGCAGGCGGGUGGUGCUGUCACUUCUCACGCUACUGGUGAGAGUGGAUCACUUGGUUCUGCAGGGUUGAGUAGCUUCUCUGGUCGUCCUAUGAGUACGAUCAUCCCGCAAUUCACUGGAUCCAGUUCUGCAAUUCAACCGCAGAUGACUGGUCAGAUGCGGUCGACCCCCACAGCCCCAUCGCUACCUGUUCGGUCGGUCUUGUCUAACACCACUCCUGCGUUCCCGUUUGUACAGCGUCAGGGUACCGGCUUGGCUCAACAUUGGGACGUGACACCCUCGGAGAAAGCAAGUGCAGACAAGUUGUUCGAUGGUCUUGAUACGCAGAAGAGGGGAUAUAUUGAAGGCGAUGUUGCUGUGCCUUUUAUGUUGCAGUCGAAACUGCCUGAAGAUGUUCUUGCACAAGUUUGGGACUUGGCUGAUCUCAAUAAUGACGGUCGACUCACGCGAGAUGGGUUCGCUGUUGCGAUGCAUUUGAUUCAAAGUAAACUCAGCGGAAAGGAAAUCCCUUCAUCGAUUCCAACAACUCUUGUCCCACCAUCGAUGCGCGCUCAGGCUACAGGAUCAGCUGCUCCUUCUCAACUCCUUGUUUCGGAGUCAAUUCGGGACCUGCUCUGGGACGAUUCUCCUCCACCUUCUGCCACGGCGCCUCAACAUCCUCACCCCACACUGCAGCCGCAAGCGACUGGGACAAUGUCGCCUCGCUCUACCAUGGCUUCUUCCCCGCAGCGGGCCUACACCAUCGGAGUUUCCGAUCCUUUCACCAGCUCAACCUUCGCAGGCCCUACCCUGGCAGUGCACAAGGAUUUAUUAGGAGACGAUGACGAGCAUACGACUAGCUCGCCUGCUCUCCAUGAUCAGUCGGCUGAGAUUGGCAAUCUCACGAACCAGCUCGCAUCCACUAACAGAUUCGUGGACAUUGCCAAGAGCGAACGCGAAAAUGUGGAGCGCACACUUGCAGAACAAGCUGCGCAGCUCUCCUCUUUGCAGACGCAGUUAUCGUCCGCAAAGGCGGCGUACGAGACGGAGACCCGCUUGCUGAAUACCCUUCGGGAGAGGUUCACGACCCAGGCAUCCGAAAUCCAGAAGGCCAGAGAAGAUAUCAUUCACUCUGAGAGUGACUUGAGUGCAGUGCGGGUGGAGAAGGUAGAAAUUGAAGGUGCAUUCUUACGUGACAAAGAAGAAGUUCGGGAGCUUCAGCGUAAGAUGACGGAAGUGGGAACGCAAGUGGAGACCCUGAAGUCUGAGGUUGAGAAGGCUAAAAAGGACGCCAAGCAGCAGAAAGGUUUACUCGCAAUUGCCAAGAAGCAGUUGGCCACCAGGGAGGCGGAAAGACUCAAGGUGGAGAGAGAGAUGGCAGAGGCGCAAAACGACGUGCGCGAAGCUACGACGGAGCGAGAGGAGGCCGAAGCGGAACUUGCCAAGGAAGUGCCAGCAACCAUGACCAAUGGUCAUGAAGGAGCAACCUCCCCAAGUCCCGACAUUGUGGCUAUUGCGGCUGCGCAUCCUCUUCCGGUCACCCCAGACCUCUCUGCACCUAUAUCGCCCAUGAGCACUGGCAACAAAAGUACCAACCCUUUCGAGAGGGUCUCCAUGGCUUCCGGAUCGCAGUCACAAUCUCCGUUCCUUCCGUUUGCUAACGCUGCCCUGCUGCCUACUCCCUCUACAGUUGUUAACGCGCUAGAAGCAGUUGCAUCUCCUCCGGUGGCCAACCCUUUCCACUUCGACCAAGCUUUCGGGACGGCGGAGGCGAGCGUUGCGCCUCCGAUGCCACCGCCCGUCGAGACAGAGGUCACCCCCGCCGAGGUUGAACAUGCUGCCCCCACGUCUAAUGGUGAAUUGGACUUGAUAUCUCCCACCGACACUGACAUGUUUGCGACACCACCGACCACAGCUUCUGGUGCCAUUGGUUUCGUACCUGGAGAGUCCACAGAUGCUGCGACCGUGCACUCGCCUUUGGUGGACGUUGCAACUGCGCCAUACCCUCCAGCACCUCAACCUGCCGAUCAACCUCCACCUACAGCAACCCACCACGAGGAGCAUACCGAUCUGGACCACCAGCUAAAGGAGUUGGAGGUCGACGAGUCGGAUAGUGAAAGUGAAGCUGAAGAUAAUCAACCUCUUUCAGCUGUUAAGGCCAAAUUGUCGACGGGGCGUGAGACAAGCGGGUCGUCACGGCCGACUGCCCCUCCUAUAUCUUCAGUUGUUGAGGACCCAUUCGGGGCGAUGACAGUCGAAACUUCGGCGCCCGUUUCCCCAUCCCCAUCAACUCAUGCUGCAGCUGCAGCAUCCCCUUCGUCAGUUCACGACGCCUUUGGUGCUCCGUUCGCUUCCCAGCUCACAGCCCAUGAAUCUCCAGUUGCUCAAGCUGUGCCAGCGGUAGAGAAGCCGAAAUCAAAUGGUGCAGCCACAGCGACGGAGGCAGCAGCUGGAGUCAGCGAUUUUGACGAGGCCAUGGGGAAUUUAUCCGGUAGUGUAAGCACGGGUGUGCCGUCUCGAUUUUCACAGUUCACCUUCGACUCUGCCUUCGACGACAAUUUUGAUUUCGCCGCGGCGACCGCUGCAUCGAGUCCUCCACAUGCUGCCAACGGAUCUACUCUCCCCACUGUCGCUACUCCCCAAAAGGGUGCUUUCGAUAGCAUCUUCAUGUCGCAACCCAGCAGUAAUGUGUCGGCACCAGCACCAGCGCCUCCGUCUGUGGAGCCGUUGCCUUUCCCUCAAGCGCCGACUCACAAAGCACCGGAGACGAGACCAUUGUCUUUCGAUGAUGCUUUUGGUGCGGCAGCCGGAACAACGGACAGUCAGGUUACGUCGAGUCAAUCUGGUCCCAGUAAUGCUUCUCAUGUCAUCUCGUUUGACGACGCGUUCGGAGGACAUUUGUCUGAAGCCUUGGCUUUGGAUACUUCGUUCGGGGCUGAAUCCCACCAGUCGAAUGGCGGAUUACCCUCGCAAGGCAGAACCGAUGUGCCGUUCUCAUCAGCCUCACCACCGUUGUCGCCUAUUCCCAGAUCCAUGUCGCCUGAGAUGCACGCUCGGCGAUCUAUCUCUCCAGCACGUAACACGACCCCACCUCCGCAUCACUUCUCGCCCAAACCUCGUCAUUCGGGUUCUUCGGAGGAGAAGAAGACACCGAGCACCAGAACGUCUAAAUUGAGUAUUCGCUUGCCCUUCGGACGAAAGAAGCAUAAACAUGAUACUGCUCCUCCUGUACCAUUGAGUCAUCAGGCGCUGGUGGAGGAGCCUACUCCAGCGGUUGACGACGACGUUGAAGCGGUCAAACAGCUCUGCGGUAUGGGCUUCAGCAGGACGCAAGCGGUAAUGGCGUUGGAGAACAAUGCAUACGAUGUCCAAAGGGCACUCAAUAGUCUACUUGGUGCGCAAUAA